GUCCUGAGAGCGUGCUCUUGCACACAAAUAAACAUACUAAGUAGGUUCGGCGUCAACUGUACUCAUACAAACAUUUCACAUUUCAAAGCAAUGCGAGCGGAUGAUUGCUUGUUUUGAGGGUUGAAAUGUGACGAAAUUUGUAGCUUGGAGAGAACGUAUACAUAUGUAUGUAAAUAUGUAUGCAGAGGCCUCAAAGUCUCAAUGAAAAUGUGCAUUUUCUCUGUCGGAAUGGGGAUGCUUUGGACACUCAAUAUUCGAAUUUGUUGCAAUUAUUUUCAAAUGCAACACUCAGAGAGAGAACGCCGAAAAGUGCAUAAGAAGAGAAGCCACAAUACGGCCAGAAUUAAAAUAUUGUAUGAAUUUGUGUACUUGAAAAAAAAAAUUUAUGUGAGAGGCCCAUAUAAAAACGUAGUGUUAAGAAACAACAACUACAAUAUCGAAUUAUACCAAGAGAGUGCGAGUGAGUGCGAUUCUUUGCAUCUCUGUUGCUUAAAAGUACCACCAUAAUGUAAUGUGAGAAGCAUAAGAUGUGAGAGAGAGAGAGCGUGUGCGAACAGAGCAGCCAAAGCAAAAGAGCUGAAGAGGUCAGCAAAACAAAUGUAUGGAAAAGAAAAAUAUAUGAAAGUCAAUUCCGUCGAUUUCGCCGACGAAAAAUUUUCAAAUAUACGUUGCUGGCAGCGAAACAAUUCAGUUGUAUUUCAGCAAGUGAGCGUGUUAGUUAUAAAUAAUAUUUACUUGUGUGAAGCCUUGCUGGCAAACGAGCAACGACACAACACAGUUAUUUUUUAUAUUAAAAGAAAAUUCAACAAUCUCUAUGUUGGCAUUAUAUUAGUACUAAAAGAUAUAAUUUUAUAUGUUUCUGCCUGCAUAUACACGUGUGUAAUACUAUAAUUGCUGAAACUGCUUAAUUAAUUGAAAACUAUAAUAUUUUGAAGUGAGUUGGUAACUCAUGCAGUAACUCGAAAAGUGAAUCGCCAAAGUAAAAGCAUAAAAAUAAAAAUGUUGUGUAUAUAGGAAUUCGUAAAGAAGGCGUUAAGUGAAGAAGUAAACAAGAAAAGCUGUUUAAUAAAGAAUAAGAAAGUGAUAAGCGUGAAUCUGUACACAACUGAAAAAAGAACUUAUAAACUCCACUGUGAUAAGUGCUGUAUAACUCAAAAUUGAACUGUGACUUUUAUUAAAGAAUUUUAAAAACCAAGAAUUCAUAUCAUAAUGGAUACCAUCAAUAGUGUUCGAAGGCAAAGUAACGAAAGUCACCUAAAUGUAAUAAAUUACUCGCCACCAUCACCUGCAUCCUCCCUCAGCUCCGAAUCCAUGGAUGUUGUCAUAGCGCCAAACAGUCCUUGUUCGCCUGCAACCACACCGCGCUUGCAUAGAGGCCAUGACAGCUAUGAACACUUUUGUACUCCAAAGAAAUCGCUGGCGGAUUCUCGUGUGUUAGAGCGUAUACGCGAAAAGCUUGGCACACCCAGCUCACUUUGUGAGAUGCAUGCUCUACGCCCGGAGCAAAGCCGAGAGGAGGAGACUGUGAAAGUGGUUAAAAAUCGGUUCCUAAUAAGCACACAAUUGUGCUAUCUAUCACCAGCUGUUGCUGCAAGAACUCCCGCCUCUUAUCGUCAUCUUAUCGAUCUCAAGGCGUCUAGCCUCAGGUGUACAGAUGUGUUCACGGAAACCGAAUAUAUCUGCAAGAUUAUCAACGAGCCACAUGACAAGGUGCAACGCGCUUACUAUGACAUCAAGACGGCAGGUGAAAUAGCGCGCAGCUCUUUGUAUGGACAUACCUUGAUACGGGAUAUUCACGAAAUUGUGCCAUUGGAUGCAAAUCGUUCGUAUCUGAUAAUCCCACCACCAAAAGCGCACGAAGGUGCAGAAGGUGUAUAUGAGGAUCUGCAUACAUACGUAAGGAAUAAGAGACGACUGCACGAAAAGGAGGCUAAAGCACUGUUUCAUCAAAUCGCAGAGACUGUGCGUUUAUGCCACCAGAAGGGCGUUAUAUUGCGUGAUCUGAAACUGAAACGUUUCUUCUUCAUUGACGAAGCGAGAACGAAAAUUCAGUAUGAAUCGUUGGAGGGCUCUAUGAUACUCAACGAUCCCGCGGAUGACACAUUGAGCGACAAGAUUGGCUGCCCGCUCUACACUGCACCCGAAUUACUGUGUCCCAAUCCCACAUACCAAGGCAAGCCGGCCGAUAUCUGGUCGCUGGGCGUUAUACUGUAUACAAUGCUUGUUGGCCAAUAUCCGUUCUAUGAGAGACCCAACUGCAAUCUGAUAACGAUCAUCCGGCAUGGUCAGGUGCAAAUACCUUCCUGUUUACCGCGACCGGUGCGUUGGCUGCUUUUGUUGCUGCUUUGUAAGGAUUACAAAGAACGUUUGCAAGCCGAUGAGGUAUUUAUCACGCCGUGGCUGAAGCAACAGAAACCACAUGAUUACGUCUACCUCUCGGCCGAUACGAAUUUGGAUGAUUUGGAAAUGGAAAGUGAUGAUGACACCGAUGUAAUGGAACAAACACCACGUGUGGAGGGAGAACAACAAAUGCAUUUCACUAAAGACUGCCAAGUGGACAAUAGUCAUAUUGCUUCCGCAAACCACUUUGUUACUGAAGACUGUCAAGAAGACGCUGACGACUGUGAUAUUAGUAAUACGGAGCCGAUAAAUUAUUCGCGACCACAUACAACGGCAGGCAAUAGCCAGCGCGCAAUUGAUGUGGAUAACGACGUCGAAAUGAGCUGAUUACACACGCGUGUGUAUUAUAUAUGAUGUCGACGAUAACAAAAGCGGCAAUUGCAACGUUAGUGGUCGGCAAGUCAUGGUCGUGAACAUUGUGGUGGUCGGCGGUAGCAGGAUAUCUAAGCGCAGGCGCUGUAUGAUUUCGCCAUACCACUCCUCCUUCCUCCACCGCAGCAACAAUUACACACACAUGCAGGCAUAAACAUUUUUUCACAUUGUGGUUUGUUGUCGUCGUUUGUCAUCACAAUGUUUGUUUGUCAACGUUGUUUCUGCACUGGAAGCAGUCAGUUGUUUGCCGGCGCUAAGGCAAACAACUCAGCUGGCCGCGACAGCAUUGGUACUAUUUGCGCGCGGCCACCAUGAACGUUUGAAGUUUGGAAGACACACGCACCGAGGCGCUGGCUGGGCCUCUUGUGGUAGCAAGCGUUUCGCUGAGGCGUUUAAGCUUUUACUUUGGCAAUUGUUACGUUACAACGUUGAAAUUUUUUAUUAUUGUUCCUCACAUCACCCGCCUUCCAUUUUUUUUUUAUAAAUUAAAUACUUAGUAUUUCUUUCAUUCAAAGUGAUUUAUGUAAAUAUCGAAAAGUAACUCUAAACUGCCUUUAUGUAUGUAGUAGCAGUGAAUUUACUGAAGAACUCGAAUUCUUGAUUGUUGUUGAGUUUUUAUUUCUCCUAAACCGAAAUGUACAAUUAUUCUAGCAAUAUAAUGUAAGUGUGAGAAAAUUUAUUUUGCAAAAAUGCUAUAUUGGUUAAUUUGUAGCCUUAUAUUUUCUGAGCUAAUAUGAAUUAUAGCUACUGAAUUAUUUAAUUAUGUUGUUUAUAAAGGUUUGUUUUAAUUUGUAUGAGAUGUGUUAUAAAGAAAAUAUUAAAACAAAAAUACAAAGAAUCCAAAAAAAAAAUGAAAAAUAUUGAUGGACAAAGAAGCAACAAAAGCCAUAAAUUGAAAUUCAAAAAUUAAGAAAUAAAAGGUUUGAAUUUGAUCUCAGGCGGAUUUUAAA